AUGUUGACGAAAUUAACGUUGGUUUUCCUCAGUUUCGCUGUUCAACUGACGCUUCAAGACUACCCAUUCAGGAAUACAUCGUUACCAUGGGAGGCUCGAGUAGAUGAUUUGAUUUCAAGGAUCACGCUGGACGAGAUCGUUCAACAGAUGUAUAAAGGAGGCGGGGGACCUCAUAACGGCCCUGCCCCGCCCAUAAAACGUCUGGGUAUCGGACCUUUCCAGUGGGAUACAGAGUGUCAACAUGGUAUGAAUGAACAGAACGGAACAUCCUUCAUGCAAGACAUCGGUUUCGGAGCAUCUUUCAGCAGGGAGAUGGUACGGAAGGCCGCUGCGGCUACGUCUAUAGAAGUUCGCGCUAUCAAUAAAAUGUACGCUGAGAAAGGGUAUUAUUUGGAUCAUACUGGAAUCAGCUGUUUAAAUCCCAUCAGCAGUUUAAUGCGAGAUCCUCGGUGGGGACGCAGCCAGGAGACCUACGGUGAGGACCCCUUUCUGUCUGGUCAGUUGGGCCAAGAGAACAUCCGAGGUCAACACGGCGAGCAUCCGAGAUAUAUCCGUACCAGCACUACUUGUAUGUGGUUUGAUGUACAUGGCGGACCGGAAAACAUCCCAGAGUCCCGAUUUUCAUUCAAUGCAGUGGUUAGUGAAAGAGAUUGGAGAACAACUUUCCUACCAGCGUUCAGAUACUGCAUCAAGGGCGGGUCCGACUCCAUUAUGUGUAGCUAUAACAGCAUUAACGGCGUUCCGACUUGUGCUAACAAAAAGUUACUGACUGAUAUUCUGAGGAACGAGUGGGGGUUCAGUGGUUAUGUCAUCACAGAUCAAAACGCAGCAGAAAACAUCAUCGCCACGCAUCAUUAUCUUAAUAACAGUAUUGACGCCGCAGUCGCAGCCGUAGACGCAGGAGUCAAUCUAGAGAUAGUAGCAGAUUAUAUCAAAAACCCAGUGUUAAAAUCCAUCACUGAUGCGAUCAAUCAGGGGAAAUUAACCGAGGACUUGGUCCGAGAAAGGGUGAAGCCAAUGUUCUACACUAGAAUGAGGCUGGGUGAAUUCGACCCCCCAGAAAUGAACCCCUUCUCUCUCAUCAACACGUCUGUAAUCGAAUCAGCCAAUCAUCAAGCUUUGGGUUUAGAAGCAGCCAUGAAAUCUUUCGUGCUUUUGAAAAAUGACGGAGUUCUUCCUUUUGGAUCCACAAAAUUCAACGCCGCUGCUCUGGUCGGUCCACUUGCUGAUAAUAAAAAUUUCCGUCUAGCAGCCGACUUCCGGUUUGCUGCCGGAUGUUCCACUCCAGCCUGUGGUCAGUAUAACUCCAGUGCUGUUAAAGACGCCGUUGCCAAUACUGAUGUCGUGUUCGUGUGUUUCGGAUUAGGGAAUCAUCUGGAGAAAGAGAACAUUGAUAGAUAUGACCUGGAACUCCCAGGAAAACAACAACAACUUCUUGAAGAUGUCGUCCAGUAUUCUGGAUCAGCAAAGAUAGUUCUCAUCACCUUCAACGCUAACCCGACCAAUAUCAAAUGGGCUGAGGAAAAUAAUCGAAUUUCCGCCAUUAUAGCUGCAUUUUACCCAGCACAGGCGGCCGGAAAUGCACUCAGAGCUGUUAUGACUUCAUCAACCACUCCACAGUUUGGUCGUCUGCCCUACACGUGGUAUUAUUCCGCCGAUCAAGUUCCCGCAAUGACGAACUACUCCAUGGAAGGACGCACGUACAGAUAUUUCAAAGAAGAACCACUCUAUCCUUUUGGAUACGGUCUGACGUAUACGCAGUUCUUUUACGAUUAUUUUGAAGCUCCUGACAUAGUACAUGCCGGAGAGGAACUACAUGGUGUCGUGAAUGUAGAAAAUGUCGGGACUCUGCCUGGCGACGAAGUUAUUCAAAUCUAUCUCUCGUGGAACAACCCGAGUGAAACAUCACCGCAAAUACAACUUGUAGCGUUUGAAAGAUUCAGCAUUGAUUAUGGGGCGACCAAGACUUAUAAAUUCAGCAUCUCGCCCGAGAACAUGGCUAUCUGGACGGAUGAUCGGGGCUGGGUUGUUGAAGAGGGUAAUGUUACUAUUUAUGCUGGUGGACAACAACCCAAUCAGAAAAAAUCAGUAGGAUCCAACGUGUUAUCGAGAACUGUUAAAAUAUUGGGCUAUAAAAAUCUGGGAUAUUAUUAA